AUUCUAAUAAAAACGCUGUGAUCGUGAAGUCGGUUUACAAUUCGCAGUUGAACUAUUGUUAUCACUUUGAAAUUGAUCGUUCAACAAGACACUAUUAGUUUUUUAUAAAAACCGCCCGACAACAUAACGAACGAAACACAGUGAAAAAAAUCUUUAACAAUAAAUCUUGAAAUAGUGCUCUCUGCUAACAUUAUCGCAAAAUUUUCAAGAUAAAGUGUAAAAAAAUCACAUAAAAACUGCCAACAAAAACUUAGAAGAAAAAAAAAAUCAUGAUUUUCUUAACAUCGAUCGUUCUAUUGGGUGUGUCAGUGAUAUUUUGUCUAUGGAUUGAGAUUCGAAAGUGGUACUUGAAUCGAACAAAACUACGAGCAUAUUCAAAAUUGAAAGAGGUGCCAAUUUUAGGAAUCGGUGGUCGUUUCAUCGGUCUAGACAAUGAAAAAUCAAUGCAAUCCAUUGAUCAAUUAUUUUACGAAAAAGAGCAACCGUUUGCCGCAUGGUUUGGACCAACACUUGCCAUUGGUAUCGAUAGUCCGGAAGAUAUGUUCACCGUAUUGAAUGCUGAUCAAUGUUUGGACAAACCAUAUUUAUACUCACAUUUACGAAAUGAAACGGGGCUUUUUUCAUCACCAAAAGAGCUAUGGAAACAGCAUCGCCGGGCAUUGAAUCCAACAUUCAGUACGAAAAUAAUGAACACAUUUAUACCGACAUUCAAUCGAAAGGCUGGCAUAUUGGUGGAGCGUUUAGAACGUAACAUUGGUACAAAGUUUGAUAUUUAUCGGCCAAUAUUUAAGGCGCUCACCGAUUCAAUAAUGAACACCGGUUUGGGCAUGAAUUGGGAGUUACAAACAAAACGUGGCGACGAUUUACAUGACAUGUUCAUGGAAAUUAUGAGUUCGUUUCAGAGUCGAGUCGUACGAUUUUGGUUGAAAUGGGAUUUCGUGUACAAUUUGACAAAAGCGUGUAAACGUGAGCUGUUGUUGCUCGAGCAGGGGUCAGUCGAAAAUCCAUAGUUUGUGGUACUAUUGUA